AUGAUGAAUUCAAAAAGCAUACAUAUCAAGUGCAUAUAAUUGAUUUACAAUUUAUAGCUCCAUUUCAAGAAUGGCGAAGUAAUAAAACUCGAUGGUUAUUCCACCUACUGCAAUCAUAUAAAUAGAAGCUCAUCGAUUUUAUCUAUUUUAAUAUUUGCACCUCUUCGAGUUAUUAAGAACAACAUAUUGUAUUACAGUUUAAGUAUUCUGUCUUUGAUAUUGUUGACAUCAAUAUGGUCGAUGUAAUGAGAAUUAUGAUAUUGUAGAGAUUAGUCACAAUAUGAAUUUUAUUUCAUUUUUUCAUUUUAACUGCUUGCCCAUAUUAGUGUAGAGCUAUAUAAUAAAUUCAAAAUUAAUGGGCUAGACAAAAAAUUAAACAAUCAAGAAAAUAAAAUACUGAAAUAAUGGGAUGAAUGUAUUAGCAAUAAAGAAAUAUUAAAAAGAAUCAAAUAGAAGGCAGCUACAAAACAUAAAAAUGAUGAUGUAAAAGAAAGAGAUCGCAAGAUUUCUUUUAAAAAUAAUGAUAAUUUGCAACGCUAACCUAGUCAAAGAAGCAGAUCAUCAGGAUGUAUCAUAGUUUUUUUAUUUAGUGUAAUCAUAACUUUCUCGAUUAUCUUUAAAUUAAGGUAGAGCUAAGAGUCCAUCAAAUUAACAUAUAGAUCGACUAGAAAAAAUAGGUUCUAGAUUUUCAGUAAUGAGUCCCUUGAUCCUUCAAGAUAUGCAAAUUAAAAACUAAUUGAAAAUCAAAUUAGUAUAAGACCCAGCAAUUAGAAAUUUUAUAUAAUAAAUGCCAAGUAUGUUUGACAAAAAUAAUUCAAAAAUAAAAAAACCAUAAGAAAAUAAAAAUAUAAAAAAUACUGAUAAAAUGGAUCUAAUUAAAUCAAUAAAUUCUUCAGAAAUAUAAAUUGGAGAUGUAAUUAUUGUAGAAAGAAAUUAAAUUGCUUCAUGUGACAUAUUAGUAUUAUAUUGUAAUGAUGAAAUUUAUACUGUCUAAAAUUAAUUAUGUGGUUAUUCAGACAAGACUAUUAGAAAACCAUUAAUUCUAAACAAAUGUAAAUCUUAAUAAUUAUUCUUAGUUGAUUCACAUAAUUUAGUUCUAUUUAAAAAGUCUUUUACUGGAACGAUACAAAUUACUGAAACCUCAAAUAAUAUGUAGGGAUACUUUUAAUUAAAAAAAGAUCCAUAAUCUUAUAUAGUGUAAGAUGAUAAUUUCAUAUUCGCAUAAGAAAAAUUAUUAAAUACACCAUGGGUAAUUGGAGUAGUAAUUAAAGUUGGAUUAAAGUGUCGUUGUUAUAGAAACUUUUAAAUUAAACCUUAAAUGCCAAACUAUCCUUAAGAUUUAUUACUUACACUUGUGUGUAUUUAAAUUGCACUCUUAAUUGUAAUAAAUUUUAUAUAAUAAUAUAGAUAAUGUAUAUCAUAAUCUCAUAAAUUGAUAAUGUGAAAUAUUAUCUAGAUAUUAUGCAAUUAAUUUUUGAAUGCCUUAUGCAUUUAACAUUUCUAUUACCAAACAGUUUUGCAUUUUAUUAUUCAAUUGCUGCUCUUUAUCAAUAAUAAAUGAUUCAAAAAAUAAGUCAUUUGGAUAUUAAAUAAAUAAAAGACUUUCAUCCAGAAUAAUACUAUAAUAUAAAAAGAAUAUCUAUGAAUUUAGAUAGUAUACUUGAUGGAAAUUUUGAAAUUAAAAAUUUAAUAUAUAAGAAUCAAGUUUGUUAUUGUAAAGAGUCAGAAUUGAUACUUCAUGCUUAAGAGGUAGCUUCAUCAAUUAAUAGUCAAAAUUUAUUUAAGACUGCAGAUUCUAAAGAAGAUUCAAAACCUGAUAUAUUAUUAUCUAAUAAAAUGUAAAAUAAUACUUUUAAUGCUGCAAAAUAUUAAGAAGAUGAAAUAAUUAGUGUAGAUGAUGAAGAAGAUGAUAUUGGGGCAAAUAUGCCUUAAUCUAUUGAAUUUAGAUUGAUUAGCAAUUUUACUAAUUUAACUCAAUAAGAUCUAAAUAUUGUAGUUUAACCACUUAAUGCAUCUGAAAAAAGUGAAUACUAGCCAAAAUCAACUAAUAGAAUUCAUCAAUCUAUUCAUAUAAGAAGUCUUAGAUAAAUUGCUAUGAAAGAUAGCAGAUUAGAUAGAAAGUCAAUAAAUGUAAAUGAGAUGAUACAAUCAAUCAAUAGCAAUAAAGAAAAUCUAGCAUUAUUAUAAUUAAGUUUAAAUUAAGUAUCAUAUACGAAACUAAUAUAUACAGCAACAGGAGAGGAAAAGAUUAAGAAUACUCAUGUAAAUGUAUUAGAUGAGAAAUAAAUUUAGAUUGCCAAAUCAUUUGGUUAUGAAUUCGUUUGUGUAAACAAAAUUUAGUAAUCAAUUAAUUUAAUUUUAGAAAUACACUCACAUAUAUUAUUAAAUAGAAUCUUUAAAUAUAUUCAUUUAAAUUGAUUGAUAUGUAGAUGCAUCGUCAUCAUUAGAGAUUAUAUAUGUUAUUUGAAUUAGAUUCUGAGUAUGAAUAAUUAUUGAAAGCUCCUUAUAUCUUAUUUAUUAGAGAAUCUAAUAAUAAAGUACCUGAAAUGAUUGAUGAGAUGAAGACAGGAUUAAGAUCAUCACUUCCUAUUAUAAUAAAUCAAGAGAAUGAAUAAAUACAUUAAAUUCAUUACUUUUAUUGUUUACUAAAUCAUUAAGAUGCUGAGGCAUAUGUAAGUUAAUAAGCAACAUCCUAAUAAAAUACACUUGAAACAGAGGAAAUCAUUUAUAGUUCAUUAGAAUCAUUAUAACUUAAUAUCAUUUUGGGAUUCAAAUAUAAUUUAAAACCAUAAGCUUAAGAUUUUAUCAAAAAUAUUGAAAAAUCUGAAUAGUAAUUAUUAUUAUAUACUGAAUAAUAUUUUGCAUUUGCUAAUUCAAUAUUAUCCCAAACUGAUAUACAACAUCAUAAUAAAUUUGUAUUUGAAUAAGAUAAUGAUGAAGAUCUAAGAGCUUAUUUUAAGAAAUCUUUACAAUAAUUUUCUUAAAUAUUUUAAGAAUAAUAACCUAUGUUUGGUUCAUAAAUGCAUUCUCUUAAAUAAUUAUCUAAUGUAAAUCCAUCUAUGCUAUCAAAUAAAAAAACAUCUGAAGAUUUUCAUUAGACUUCUUCUAUUGUUGUUAUUCUAAGCAGUUAAGCAUUUAAAAUUAUAGAAAAUAAUAGCUAUAUGAUCAAUCAUCUUAAAUUAUUACUUAGUUUUUCUAAAGUUACACUUCUAUAUGAUGCUAAUCCAUCAUCAUUAGAACAUCUAUAAAAAUGUUUUGAUGGUCCUAAUAUGA